UCCCCAUAAAGUAAAAUAUCAUUAAUGUAGUUUUUUUUCUUAUUGGCUUUCAAAAUAUCAUCAGACCAAACACUACUCACUUAGUUCCAGGUUGGAGGGUAAUCCUCAGGUCUCUGCUGUUUGUUUGCUAGAGCACCCUCCAUAUAGCUUGGAAAAAGGAAACCUUGGUUGCAGUAAUCUCUCCGGUUAAUUUUGGUCAAAAUUAGGGUUUCGGUUCGAAGACCAUGCUGUGGAGGGUAGCAUCCUGCAUAUGUCCCUGCCGAAAAAUCUAAGUUUAUCUAACUCCAAGUCUAUCCUUUUGUAAAAAAACAUGUUAAAAUGUGAGAGCUCACAUGUAGCUGUCUCUCUCUCUCACAUAGUCAUUGGGUUUCUGUGUGACUAUAGGGAGGACCAUCCGGACCUGGUGGAGAGCAUGGCAAAAAAAGGUUCUAAUGUGCCAGAGAAACCCAGGACGCCUCAGCAGCUAUGGUACAGUCACGAGAAGAAGGCCUUCCUCAAAACACACGCAGACGCGACCACCAAAGACAUUAAAGACAGUCUUGGGAAGCAGUGGACACAGCUGUCAGACAAAAAGAGACUUAAGUGGAUUGCCAAGUCCCUGGAGAUGCACAAAGCAUAUGAGGAGGUGAUGAAGGGCUUCAUUGAGACUCACCCAGAGCUCAACAUGAGCAACGAGGACAUCGUCAAGUCCACCCUCACCAAGGCUGAGCGACAUCUGAAGGACAAAUCUGAUGGCAGGCCAGACAAACCACCCCCGAAUGGUUACUCCAUGUUCUGUGCUGAGUUGAUGUCCAGUAUGAAGGACGUGCCCAGUACAGAGCGCAUGGUCAUGUGCAGCCAGCAGUGGAAGCUGCUGAAACAGAACGAGAAGGACGGUUACCAGAAACGCUGCGAACAGAGAAAGAAAGAAUACGAAGUCGAGAUGAACCGGUUUCUUUGUGUAAGUUUGUUUUUCUACAUGUAUGUGUGUGUCUAUAUACAGUUAUAUUUGGACGUUUACAUACACUGACACAGAACCCAAACCGGCAGCGCGCUUGUGCCAUCGUGCAUAAAUUAAUUUUGUCCCCCCACACCAAA